AUGCGUUUCGAUAGCACCUCAAUUCUUCAGGCCAUGGCCAUCUCUCCGAUUGCCGACCGCACAAAUUGCUUGUUUGGCGCAUGUGAUAGUUCUGAGCGUACAUUCAUUUCCGAAUUUGCUUUUAUGGAGUUAGUGUCAUCGCAGGUUGCUAAGUUCAGUCAUCAAUCCAACAAGCGAUGUCUUAGAAUGGUCACAGACGUCAAUGUCAGUUGCAGUGGAGGCUGGGAUUGCUUCAGGUCGACUUGGAAGGAAGUUGGAUGCAACUGGCCUGAGGUUCUUGUGCCUGUCGCAGACUUGGCCACCGAGUCACAGCCUGCUGCCCCUGCCAAGACGAUUGACAACACAACUGAUAGCAUCCAAAGUCGAUGUGAAGGACAGAGCCUCGUUCCUGUCGAAAAGUUCCACUAUUGGAUGAUCGAUGAUCGGAUUGGGUGCAGCACUAGAGAUAAAGCUGGAUGGUGA